GAAAAUGAAAAAUUAUUAUUUCAAGAAAUAGUUAAUGAAUGUAAUUUUUUAAGAUCACAAAACAGCAAGUUAUGGGAAAUUAUAGGGAAACAACAGCUUGUAAUAAGAAAUUUACAGACUAAUAAUCAAAAAUUAGCUAGUAGUUUUAGUAAUGACGAAGAUGUAAUAUUUGAAGGUGAAAUGGAGAUUAAAAAAUUUAAUGACAGUUAUCUUAAUACUACCAGUGGUAGUAGUAAUAAUGAUAACGGUUUAGAUUGUCAGAUUAAAUCAAAUAAAUCUAAUGUAGUUUUAUUGAUAAUAGAUAAAAAAUUUAAUAGUAAUUGUGAAAAUAUAAUAAUAAAUCUUAAUAGUAGUAGUAGUAAUAAUAAUAAUAAUACCAACAAGAACGAAGGGAAUAAUCUAAAGGUAAUCUUAUUUAAUACAGAUGAAAAUACUGGGAAUAAUAGAGCAAAGUAUAUUAUCAGAAAUAACAAUGAUAGUAGAGAUGACGAUGGUGAUAAUAAUAAUGAUAUUAGAAUUGGAUUAAUUAAUAAUAUUGAUUUUAAUAAUGUUGAUAAUUUAGGUGAUAAAAUUAAAUUUAUCAGAUUAAUUUCAGAUUCUAAUAAUAAUAAUAGUAAUAUAAUUAUUAAUAAUAGUAAUAAUAUUUACAAUAAAAUAUUUUUAAUUGCCUUCAACAUAAUAUAUUUAGCAAUAAUCUCAAUAAUAAUUUAUUAUUAUUAUUGUAAUUAUGAUAAUUUUUCUGAUUGGACAUUAAAUAAUCCAAAGAUUAUGAUAUUACCAGGAUUAAUGAUUAUUGCAUUAAGUAACUAUUUUUAG